AUGAACUCGACGGACAACGCAGGCCACUUGGGUAUUCUCCAAGUAGCCGAUUUGGUCUAUGUGGACAACCCCGUUGGGGCUGGCUUCUCCUACGUCGAUGAAGAUUCAGCGUUUACAACAGAUGUCGCCCAAAUUGGACAGGAUUUACUUGCAUGGCUACGCUAUUUCCUGAUUGUGCAUUCCGAAUAUCGUACCAGACCAUUCUUCAUAUUUUGCGAGAGUUACGGCGGAAAAAUGAGUGCUGAGUUUGCUCGAGUUAUCGCCCAGGAGAUCGCUUCUGGUACUAUUCGACUGGACUUCCGCGGUGUAGCCCUGGGCGAUUCGUGGAUUUCGGCGAUGGAUUACGUGAACACAUGGGGCGAAUAUCUCUACGCCAAUAGUCUUACCUCCGACAGCCAAUCAGGGGUGUGGUUGGACAGCUCAGGCCAAAAUGUCAGAAGAAAGGUCGUCAGAAUCAAUGACUCACGCCCAGACCAUCUGGGGGUAACAUGCAGGAUCUUAUUGAAUUGGAUGUUCCAGGAAAACAGAGGGCGUAUCGUAUCGUGGUACAAUAUACUGAAGUACGGUGGACAGGAUGACUGGUCAAAGAAACGAAGAAAGAGAGCAGCGUACCGUUCAAGAAAUCGUCAGUUCAAUCGUCACGUCGCAGCUUUGCAGAGGGAUGCUCUUUCUUCAUAUAUGGACACAACCGUUCGUGACAAACUUGGAAUCAUUCCUGACAGCGUGAAAUUCGGAGGUUCUCCUUUAUUUUUCGGCAAGCUAUGGACCGAGAUGUGGAUGAACAGGCUGACGUGGCCUGGAAUGUCGUCAUACAAAUCGGCUAGAAAAACCAAGCUCACCACAAAAUCCUUUCCUCUGGCUGGAUUCAGGAAACGAUACAAUAAUCUUUCAUUCUACCUCAUUCUUAGAGCAGGGCACAUGGUAGCCUACGAUACCCCAGAGGCGGCCGUAGCUAUAGUGAAGCAAAUCCUCGCCGAUUAUGGAUCAUAG